ACUAGCUCUCCCACCAAUGCUCAUCACAGUAGGAUCCAGAGAAGCUUAAAAGCUAAGAAAAACCACCUCCAUACAUCCAUCCCCAUCUAUCAGACCAGACCUACCACCCUCCCCCACUCAAUAUAAAAGAAGCCAACCAGAGAAAACCUAAAGACCUCUCCUCCUCCUCCUCCUCUUCAUCCUUGUUUCUUUCCUUCCUGAUUCUUCUCUGCAGUUUUUCAUGUUCUUCUUCUUCUUCUUCUUCAUCUCUACCACAUCACUACCAUCUUCAUAACUUUAUCACCCUUCCAAAAAAGAAAGGAAAAGAAGUAGCGAAUAUGGUUUUCUCAUCAGUUCCAGCAGCCUAUCUUGAUCCACCCAAUUGGAACCAGCAUCAACCUCCUGAUCAUCAGCUACCGAGUGGUGGCGGAGGUGGAGGUGGCGGCGGUGAUCAUGGCCAGCUCCCACCACCUGGGAUUGGAGGACUAAAUCAAGAAGCAGCUGGCAUGCUUGGCUCCAUAAGGCCAGGAUCAAUGGCAGACCGUGCUCGUCUUGCAAAGAUGCCACCGCCGGAGCCAGCUCUCAAGUGCCCAAGAUGUGACUCUACAAACACCAAGUUUUGCUAUUUCAACAACUACUCCCUUACUCAGCCAAGGCACUUUUGCAAGACCUGCCGACGAUACUGGACACGCGGCGGCGCUCUCCGUAACGUGCCCGUUGGUGGUGGUUGUCGCCGAAACAAGCGAAACAAAGGCAGCGGCAGCUCUGCAAAGUCAUCAGCUACUUCAACAGGCUCUUCAUCAGCAUCCUCCACUGCUACAACCACUGUUAGUGGUGCAAUUCCAUCAAACAUGCCCCCAAUGCCUCAGCUACCAUUCAUGACUUCUCUGCACCCUUUGGCUGAUUAUGCCCCUUCAGGCCUUGGCCUUAAUUUCACUGGAAUUCAAGGUUUGGAUCAAGUUGAUUAUCAAGUUGGGAGUAGCUCAAGUGUAGGGUUGGAACAGUGGAGGCUUCAUCAACAGAUUCAGCAAUUCCCUUUCUUUGGUGGGUUGGAACUGCAGCCAACUCCUGCAACAGUGGCAGCAGGGUUAUUCCCUUUUGAUGGAGAUCAAGUUGGUGUUCCUGAUGGACCAUAUGCUGGACAAGUCCAUCAUAAACAUUCAAGCUCUGGGUUGAUCACACAACUUGCUGCAGUUAAGAUGGAAGAUAACUCUCGUGGUCUUAGCUUGCAAAGACAGUCUUUGAGCAUGCCUGGGAAUGAUACUUACUGGAGUGGUAACACUGCAAGUGGAUGGGCAUCUGAUGUCUCUGGUAGUAGUCUUUUGUAGUUCCAUUAAUUUCCAUGUGACAACUGUUAACAUGGAAGCUUAGUUUUAGUCAUGGCUUCAAAGAACAAGGUGCUUCAAACUUUAGUUGAGGUUUUAGCUUUUGUAGUUAGGCUUAAUCUUGUUUUUUAAUAUAUUGGGGUGCAUGGGUGAUCACA